AUGCUGAGCGCAGCAGCUCCCGGGGGGGUCCAGCAGCGGCAGCCCCUCCUCAGUGGGGCAGGCAGCCCCCGCUCCCCCACCUCUGAGCCAUACUGCCCGAGACCAGUCCCAAGCCCCCCUCCGCCGCCCAAUCCAGGCGCACCCCUCCCUUGCCCGCCGGGACGCCAAUCACCGGGCUCGGGGCGGGGACGGGGCUCUGUCCGCAGCGAGCCCGCCGGAGUUCGCCUGCCGCCGGGAAGCAACCACCCGCCGCCCCAGCAGCAGCAGCAGCAGCGUCCCCGCCCCAGCCGGGGCGGGCCCGGCCGGGCUGCCGAGUCCCCGCAGCGGGAGCUCCCGGCCCUCGCCGCUCCGCAGCAGGAAGCCGCCGCCGCCUCCACCGCCAGUGCCGCACCCGCCCGCCCGCCGCAGCCUCCCCUCAGCCGGCGCGGAAGCUCGGGCGCCGCCGCCGCUCGCGCCGGGCCCCGGCAGAGCGCAUCGCCGGCCCUGCCCGCGCGAGCCAGGCGGGCGAGCGGGCAGGAAGCACCUGAGGCAUGUGUGACAGCGCGGGGAGGAGCCUGCAACCGGCCCGGCCGGGGCGAGGCGAGGCGAGGCGGGCUGCCUGGGGCCGCUUCCCGCUCCCCCCCCUCCUCCGGAGCUGCUGGAAAAGCCGCAUCCCUGCGCCCAGCCAGCCCGGGGCAGGAGGGCGACGGGCCCCGGGGCGAUUGGUUGCCCGGGGGACAGAGGGGGACCCUCGCCGCUGCCCGCUUUGUCACCCAGGGCUGGGAGCCCGGCCCGGCUCUCGCGGGAAGGGGCGGAGGUGGGAGCUCAGCCAAGCGCGGGGCGCGGAGCCGGCACCGCGCGCGGGCGGGCCGGGCAGCGGAGCAGCGCUGUGGUGGUGGGCAGGGACUUGCUCCCGCCCCCGGCGUUUCCCGCUCCACAGACCAGAGCGUGCUCCAGCUGGAAAGGCGGGUCAGCUCUGCCUGCCCGGGGUAG